AUGGCGGAACCUAUUAGUCUGGCUUCAGGCUUACUAGCAUUGGCCACUUUCGCAUUUCAGUCAAGCAUUAAGCUAUAUGAAACAGUCAAAAGCUUCCAUUCCCAUCCGAAACGCGUGCGCGAUCUCAUAGAGGAACUGGAGGCAUUGAGCGGGGUCCUUGGCCCACUCACCGAGACGAUCAGCAGUAUCACUGAUGUCGACCUUUCGGCGCUUGACCUUCCCCUAUUACGGUGUGGCCACGCCUGUGGAGAGUUUGAGCAAGAAAUCCAGAAGUGUUCGAUGCGAUCUGAGGGCAGUCGCACAAGCUUUCGAGACUGGGCUAAAUUAAGAUACAUGGGCGAUGAUAUCGAUGGCUUUAGGCGCUUGUUAGCUGGAUACAAGUUAACUAUUAACAUUGCCCUUACUGACGUUAACCUUCGCAAGUCAUCUGUUACAGCUGAGAGCCUUAAGGAUUACGAAGAUCUUAUUGUAACAGCCAAGGCAGAUCUUGAGGCUCAUCUUGAAACCAUCGAUGGCAAGCUUGAGCAUAUAUUUCGGAAGACUGUUGCAGGACGCGAUUCAGAUGCAUCUGAGCUACGCCUGAUCGAAGAGGAACGACUAAGCACGGAAAAAUGCCUGCAGAUCUGUACCCAGUUGUCCAACCAUAUUAGCCAAAUCCAGGCCACUGGCGAAUCGGGUAGCAGUGCUCCCGGACCGUUCGAUUUCAAUACCCUGCCCGAAAGAGUCACGAACGAGAGCCUACAGGACUGUAAGAAGAGAUUAACUCUCACUGCUGCGAAGCUUGAGGGACACAUGAAGGGCCUCAUGGACAAGUUAUUGACAAAAUCGCGAGCGAGUAUGUCUUCUGACGAGGAACUUGCCGAUCUUGCUAGGCUGCGAGAAGAGUGGGAGACAGCCCGUCAGUGUAUGGAUAUCUGCUCCAGGGCAGACGAUCACCUAAAGGAGAACAUCAGCAAUAUUGACAACUACGCCACCGGGGACGCCGUACAAUUCAUGGUUUCGACAAACGGCACAAUUAUCCACGGUAAAAAUCGAGGGGUCGGUUGGAGGUCGAGACAGGUUGGAGGUCAUCUUAGCGAUGUUUCUCUCCAACAACUAUCGAGAGACUUUACAAGUAUCAACCUAGGGAAUACUCUUCGCCCAUCUUCACAAGACAGCCCGCCGUAUGCUCCUAAUGACGAGAUACCAAGCGAAACCACCUCCGAGUUUAAGGAACGAUAUGGACGAGGUUUCCGACUCUCUCCUAAAUCCUCUCAGAACAUGCCUAUCAAUGUGACCGCUGGUGCGGAAGGGCGAAGCGAUUCAUUGAAGGAAUAA